AAAAACGAGUUUAAUGUCCGCGUUUACAGUAUCUUAGCAUCAAGUCAAACAAAUGUAACUUGGUCUUUCUGGCCUCUACCACAAUGAUUAUCACUAUAAGGAAGCAUUUCGCAUUCAAAUUAAAUUCCCAUCACAAAAGAUUAUAAAAACUUAUUCGAUAAACGACUUAUAAUUUCAGGUAAAGUUUAUUAGCAGGAAGAACUUGUUUAUAGGUUCACUUUGCCGACAGGAGAUAAUAGCUUUGAUAAACAAAAGGAAAGUGCGAAAAAUAUUUUCUUUUGUUUUGGCAAUUCAAUGGAGGGUUGACGGUAUUGUAUUCCAGUCCCGCCCGCACAAAUAUAAACACGCGUAACACGUAUAACAAAUAUAUAAACACGCUUGUCAGCCACCAAACCAGAGCAAAGUCAUCGUGAAGUAGUGAGCGAGACGUAGAGAAGCGAAAAGAGAAAAGGCAGUGACCAAUUCGCCAUGAGAAACCCGUCACUUACAUUCGAAGAAGAAUCUAGAAAGAACACGGCCAAGGCCAGACAGCGUCGCAGGAGAACAUUUUAUACCGAUUCCCAACUUCGCCGCAUGGAAGAAGUCUUCGAGAGAGACCGCUUUCCUGGAAUUGCAGCACGGGAAUCGCUAUCAGAGGAACUCGGGAUCAAGGAGGAUCGCUUGCAGGUUUGGUUCCAGAACCGUCGAGCUCGUUGGCGUAAAAGUGAGAUCAAGAAUAAACCAAUGCUACACUCCGAUAUUCCCGACUCCAAGUCCAUUCCACCAUCAACGAGCUUCCCAGAGUCAGGCGCUGUCUUCUCGCCAUUCACGCUUACUGCCGCUGGCUUGUACCCGAGCGCUGUGCUGGCUCAUCCUUUCGUGUUUAACAACCCCGAGUUCCUCAGAGAACACCAAGAGACCCUGAAAUAUCCGACGAGUCCAUCGGCACCAUCCAGCUCAUCUCCGAUCAUCUUCCGACGAACUCCACUCGGAUUCGCCGAAGACUCCACACACCAUCCGCUGACCCUCAACCACUGCAGCUCCAAUGAAUCCCAAGGAGCCGUUCACGAAUGCAACGAGACAGACGACAAGAAAACGAAAGGUCUGUUUAGGCCAUAUUUGGACGAGGACGUGCAGACCAAAUGGAGUAGGGAUGAAAUGACAGCAGCCGCUGGACUGCUGAUCGCAGGCGUACGCUAGCAUGCAAACAUUCACGCAUCAUUCACUAUUCUAUAUUAACUAUGUAAAACUUGAUGUACCUUGUAACGAUGUUCUCAGUUUCAGUUUUAACAAUGCAAUAACGUUUGUUGUUUCAUCAAACAUAAAUGGUAGCAAAUGAAGCUUGCUGGUGCACAUUUGUGCGUUUCGUAUGUAGUUAUUCCUUACCCAUUUAUUUCUUGUUAUUUUUUGUUUCGUUUCUCAAGUGGUCAUGGCAUUAUAAGUUUGCUUUGCUAUUUUUUUUACCGCGUAUUAUCGUCUAAGAUGAUCAAUUUUACGCAAAUUAGCACAGACUUUUGUUUUCCUCUAUCCCAUUGGCAGUUAUUUUGAAUAGACCGCAGGAACACUCGUUCUUCGCAGGUCUUACACAGUGCUCUCCCCAGUCUCCCGAAGAUCAUUUAGAUGAAUCAUCCUAGUUUGGCCUGUGCCGAGAUCCCCCCUUAUAGUCUGCCAUUUGUAGAUCCUGCCUUAUAGUCUGCCAUUUGUAGAUCGUGCCGAGGGAUGAUAACUCCCCUUAUAGUCUGCCAUUUGUAGAUCGUGCCGAGGGAUGAUAACUCCCCAUAUAGUCUGCCAUUUUUAGAUCCUGCCGAGGGAUGAUAACUCCCCUUAUAGUCUGCCAUUUUUAGAUCCUGCCGAGGGAUGAUAACUCCCCUUAUAGUCUGCCAUUUGUAGAUCCUGCCGAGGGAUGCUAACUCCCCUUAUAGUCUGCCAUUUGUAGAUCCUACCGAGGGAUGAUAACUCCCCAUAUAGUCUGCCAUUUGUAGAUCCUGCCGAGGGAUGAUAACUCCCCAUAUAGGUUCAGUUGGUGUUGACAAAAUUUUUAUAUGCGUGCCCUGGUAACCAUAGUAACGAAGUUUUGAGACAUAGGUUUAAUGAGAAUUAGGCAAAACGCUUUAAGUCGUCAAGAUCAACUAUUAAUACGACGUGCUCAACGUAAAUCCAUUUCAUAUAAACGUUUUAUCCAAGUUUCGAAAAAAGCACAAUAAAAAUUUACAUCUCUAUUUUAGGGGUGAGGGGUGGUGUUUUUUUGUCAAUUUUUUACCUUCUCGAAAUAGUGCUUGUAGAAAUAGCAAAAAAAAAACAUUCAUACCCACCUGAAAUCAUUAAUACAACUUGAAACGAAGAUUAAAUAUUGUCAAAAAGCUUCAGAUUUUGCCACCCAGUUUUUAUUGAUUAAAAUAAAUAACUUUCUUUUAUUAUUACUUUAAUUAAGAGUCCAGUUGAAAACUUAUGCUAUAUUAAAGGUACCAUGCCAAUCAAUGACGUCAAAGGUGUCAUAUAUUGUUGUCAUAGAAACAGUGUCACUAAUAAUAUAUGUCUACUGCAAGAUUAUCGAAAAAAGACAUACAGAAAUACACAUGUA